CUAGUCUAGUCUGGCCUAGUGUGCUGUGGCCCGGCGCUCUUCAUCCCGGCAAUACACUCCAGCGCGGGUAUUAGCGUGGGCAUUAUUCAUUCGCUAAUCUGGCUGUCUAAAACGUUCACAAGGGAAGUUUUCAAGCCAAUGCGGGGCUGCGGCGAGGCGGGGCCAACACGCAGGCGCCGAUAGAGCCUCCCGGUAGCCGUCCCCUCUGCCUCCCCUCCGCCAGUCUCCGGAUCAUUCGUGCUCGGAGCUGCCGGGCGGUGGAAGCUCCCAGGAACACGCUACGCUCCCGCCCCGUCACUCCCGCAGUAGGUGACGUGUGAUACUGACGAAGGGAGGUAGUGUGGGGUGCUGUGCCGUAACCCUCUCCUGAUCCUUGCCUCGCCCCUCGCUGACCCUUCCCUUCCAAACCCAGAGGACGUGAAAGGUUAAAGGAAACGAAAAUAUACGAAGUUUUACAUUGAAUUUCUAACAUUCCAUUUGGCGUAAUCACCACCGCAAUGCCUCCGUCUGCGCCUUCUGCAGUGCAUGUCACGGGGACUUAACGCAGGGGUGGACUUGUGAGGCGAGGCUGGUGGUGAGUGAGGGUCCGUUGUGCAGUGAGUGAGUGAGUGAGGCAGAAGAAGAGAGCUGGUGUUACUCCUGCUUCUGCUGAUAUCGGUAUGACACACUGCGCCCUCCUCCCGGCCUCAUGGCGCCCUCCCCUGCUGCUGCUGUUCUUCCUGCAGCUGCUUCUACUCCUGCUGGGUCCCGUCCGCCCCGUCACAGGAGGUUUGGAGGCGGCGCGAGGGAUGGUGCAGGGCGCGGCUGGGGACAUACUGAGAGAGGAGGAGGAGCCGAGAAUCACAUGGGGACACCCGAACACCAACACAGCUUACUUCAGAGAGGACAGCGCUACCAACAUCACCGCCAUCGUGGGACACAAGGCUUCCCUGCCCUGCCACGUGGUCAACCUCGGCAAGAAGGAGGUGUCGUGGAUCAGACAGCGGGACCUGCAUAUCCUGACGGUGGGCAUCUACACCUACACUAGUGACGAUAGGUUCAAGGUGUACCAUCCAGAGAAGAGUGACAAGUGGUACCUGGAGAUCGCCUCAGUCACCUUCAGAGAUGCCGGCGUGUACGAGUGUCAGGUGUCCGCCAGCCCCAAGAUAUCCCUGCCAAUACUGCUCGCUGUGGAAGUGCAGCAGGCGCGCAUCGAGGGCCCAGCAGAGGUGUUCAUCCAGAAGGGGUCCACCAUCCGCCUCACCUGCCGCGUCAACACUCACUCUGAGAACGUUGGGACAGUCACCUGGUUCCGCGACACCCACCCCCUGGACUACGACUCUCCCAGGGGCGGGGUGAGCGUAGAGAUCGAGAAGACGCCCACCAGGACCACCUCCAAGCUCUUCAUUACAAGGGCCAUGAGGAGUGACGUGGGUAACUAUACGUGUGUUCCCCAGUUCGCUGACGCCGCCUCUGUCUUGGUCCACGUGGUCAAUGGAGAGGAAUCAGCUGCCGUACACACUGCCGGCAGCGUCACACACCGAGGAGACCCGCGUGUGUGUAUCCUGCUGGUAAUGCUACUGUUGGUGUGGCCCUGUUGGCGGUGACGCUGCUCCUGCCCCCUGGAGGAGGAGACGCUGAGGUGAAAGAGACACAGCGAUCUAUCAUUCUUCCUCUAUUUUUUCCGAAUCACUAACACCACCGCCACCACCACCACCACCACCACCACCACCACCAUCACCACCGCCAAGAACAUCACCAUAGAAUCUUCACUGUGGUGGUGUGACGAGAAAGAGACGGAGAAAAUCAUUGGCAUUAUAAUUCUGGUUUUGAUUAGAGUCAUUAUCACUAACUACUAUUACUACUACUACUACUACUACUACUACUACUACUGUUACUACUACUAUUACUACUACUACUACUAUUACAUCACCACCAUUUCCAUUACCAUCGAUCAUUCACUAACGCUACCACCACCACCACCACCACCACCACCCCCUCCAGUCUUCCCUCACCCUCUUUCUACAAUCGCUUCCAUCAUCCCUGACAACUUUAUUUCUUGCCAUUAUAGUCAUCUCAUAAUUUCUCGCCUCAUUCACUGCUGGCGCCUCUAACUAAAUCUCUCUCUCUCUCUCUCUCUCUCUCUCUCUCUCUCUCUCUCUCUCUCUCUCUAAACACGUCUAUAACAAAAGAGCGGCUGAAAAGAAAUCAGUAAAAUAAAAAACACGAUUUUGAACAUAACGUAACAACAGGAAAAGAGAAAAUAACGAAACUUUAUGAACUUCCCCCAUCAGUGUGUGUGUGUGUGUGUGUGUGUGUGUGUGUGUGUGUGUGUGUGUGUGUGUGUGUGUGUGUGUGUGACGGUAACUACUGAGACGCUAAAUUAAGUGUUAGUUUGGAAAGAGUUACGGUGACGCCACGAAGGAAGGAAGGAAGGAAGGAAGAAAGGAAGGAAGGAAGUAAGUCUGCCUCUCCUGGUCUUAAGGACUCAAUGGAAAGGGAAACAACGAUUGAUGAAAAUAGGUGGUUAGAAUUGAAGAGAGGCGCUCAAAAGUUUCGCUUCUCGACUCAGUGAAGCCUUUACACGGUGAAAGAAAACAAAGAAAUUAUUGGUAAAGUACUUUUUUCGACCUUGCUGAAACUUUUAAGGGAGUUUUUGGUGGUAAAUUGAAGAAAAAAACGUGGAGAAGUUUGAUUUCCCAACCAGUGAAAGUUGUGAGGAUUGCUGGUGAAAAGAAAAGGGAAGGAGGAGGAGACUUCUCAGUUCCUCCUCUCUAACCACUGAAACUUUUUUCCUCUAACCACUGAAACUUUAAGAGAGAAACUUGAAGAAAAACGUUCAGUGUGACUUCCUCUCCAGAGACUGAAACUCUUACUGAUAACUUAAGAAAAAAAACUUAAAAUCCUCAGUGGAUGAAAAAUUAAAAAUAAAAUAAAAAAAAAUAAAGGGAACUAAGAAAAACGUUUAUAUAGAAAAACGCAAAAUACAUUCCUCUCCAGACUGACGAAACUAAUGGACUCUUGGUGGAAGAAAACAAGAACUUUAAAAUCAUUAAAACCAGAAAAAAAAACGAAAAAUAACUUUUGAUAAAGAAAAACGAUCAAAGUGACUCACUCCCCUCCAGCCACUGAAGCUUUGAAGGAUUUUUAAAGAUAGAGGAAAUUAUGAAGAAAAAACGUUGUUUUUCCAGCCAGUGAACUUCCUGCACUGUUCUGCUUCCCGGUCUCCUCGCGGACCAGCUAAUGUGAAUACAUAUUUUUGUAACUACCUUCUCAUAGACGUUCUUUCAUAUUUUGUAUGUGAGGUAUCCAAGUCAAGUAGAUGUUAAAAAAAAAAUAAAUGUUUACCUUAUCAAAA